GUCAAAACUUCAAUCGAUUAACAACGAUCAUAAAUAUUAUCAAUGACGAACAAAACCACGAAAGAACUCGUUGAAAUUAACGUUUGUGCAUCAAAGGAAUAUAACGGAAUAUAAUCGUUCAUUAAGUACAAAAUAAUUUUAUUCUUUACCAGUGCCACUGAUACAGAAGUUGCGUAAUUUCUCUUCCAACUGCGAUAUAUUUCAAAAGAAAAUCUUGAUUAUAUUUGGAACUGGUGAAAUUUUUCUGCGAUGGGAAUAACCAAGAAGUUCACGUUUUUAACAUUUUUGGCUAGAAAUGUACGCGAUCAAAAAUGUCGAUUUUUCUCCGUAAGCUACUUUCGAUACGGAGCUGUCGUUCCCUUCAAACUAUCGGAUAUCGGAGAAGGAAUUCGAGACGUCACGAUAAAAGAAUGGUACGUGAAACCAGGCGAUCGAGUGUCUCAAUUCGAUAACAUUUGUGAGGUUCAAAGUGACAAAGCAUCUGUGACGAUUACCAGCCGUUACGACGGAUUAAUUAAAGCCUUGCACUACAAGGUGGAUGAUAUAGCUCUGAUAGGGAAUUCAUUGCUGGACAUUGAAUUAGAUGAUGAUAAUGGAAACGCACAAAAUAGAACAACGAUCUCUGAGAAUCCGCAGGAACAGCAACAACAAACCACAAAUACUAAAAGUAAACAAAAUUUUGAAAGCGACGAAGAAAAACACAUAGUAAAAUGUGGGUUAGAAAAAACCUUAGCCACUCCUGCAGUUAGAAGGAUAGCUAUGGAGAAGAACAUUAACUUAAAGGAUGUUGUUUCCACUGGUAAAGGUGGUCGAGUACUUAAAGAAGAUAUAUUGACUCACUUGGAAAAAAUUUCUAUUAACUCUAUGAGAAAAAGAAUUGAAGAAAAACCAACAGUGGAGACAGUGGUACCGAUAAAAGGUUAUAGUAAACAUAUGUGGAAAACGAUGACGCAAUCCUUGAAUAUACCACAUUUUGUAUACAGCGAUGAAUGUAACAUUAACAAAUUGAUAGAUUACCGGAACGAAGUGAAAGAUUUACUGAAAGAUCAAGGCGUUUCAUUAAGUUUCAUGCCAUUCUUCAUAAAGGCCGCAUCUAGAGCAUUAGAAAAAGUGCCACAACUAAACAGCUGGCUUGAUGAAGAAAAUCAAGCGUUGCGCGUUCAGAAGAACCAUAAUAUUGGUAUUGCUAUGGAUACAUCUGAGGGUUUAAUUGUACCGAAUAUUAAAGAUGUUCAAAAUUUGAAUAUCAUAGAGAUUGCGAAAGAAUUGAAUCGACUACAAAAACUUGGAAGAAAAUCUUCGAUUCCACUAAACGAUUUAUCGAAUACAACAUUCACGCUGUCAAACAUCGGUGUUGUUGGUGGAACAUAUACAAAACCAGUAAUUCUUUCUCCGCAAAUUGUAAUCGGCGCAUUUGGAAAAAUACAAAAAUUACCACGAUUUGAUGAUAAACAAAACAUUGUAGCCACAAAUAUAAUUUCUAUUAGUUGGGCCGCCGAUCAUCGAGUAGUGGAUGGUGUUACAAUGGCAAAGUAUUCGAAUUUUUGGAAAUAUUAUAUAGAAAAUCCUCUAUUUUUAUUAUUAGGAGUAUAAAAAUGAUAUAUGUCUCAGAUAUUUUAAUAAGCAUUUUUUUAAUGGAAAUUUAUUUAUAUAUAUAAUGAUUUGGACUUUAUAUAUAAUAAACAAUUGAAAAUCUUAUAAUUGUAUUUCAAUUUUAUAAGAAUAGAUAUAUAGAGAAUAAUACAAAUUUGGAAACAUUUUAUACGUAAAUAUUAAUUUAUUUAUUGCUGCACAACCAACUAGGACUUUUUAAGAAAGUUAAAAUAUCUUUGCCUAACAUAUUCAAAGUGUUACAACUGUAUGGUAAUUAUUAUGAUAAUUAUAUGAUGACCAGUCAAACCACUGUGAGCAUUUUUUGUACAUUUAAUUUAUACAUUGUUAUACAAAUUCUUUGAGUAGGUAUUCCAAAAAAUAGGUCGAGAAAGUGGUUGUACUAAUUAUGUUUUCUUAUUAAUAAUUUUCAUUUUAUAAUUUAUUUAAAAAAUUAUUCUAUCAAAUUAAAAUCAAUGAUUAAUUUUAUGAAAUAAAAAAAAAAGUUAUAAAAAGAAAGAAAAAUAUCAAAAAAAAAGAAUCAUAAUUCAAAUUAAAAUCUAAGUAAUGAGUACGACCACUUGUUUACUUACAUAUUUUUAAUUUUUUAUAUAUACAGUUUCAUGUACCAUAUUUCUAAUCACACAUUUUCCGUACAAUCAAUACAUUCCAUUAAAUGCCACUUAAAUAUUUGCUCAAAAAGUAGUCAGUCUGUUUAGUAGUUAGAGUAGUAGAAAAGAUUGUAUAUGCGUUUUAUGGUCCAAAAUUCUUUUUUUAACAAUCAAAAUAUUAAUUUAUCUCGCAGAAAAUUCUAAUUGAGUAUUUGAGCAUAACAUAAUACAUAUUAAACAAAGUGUUAUAUCUUAUUAUGAAAACAUUAAUACAUAUUUAAAGUUUACUUUGUACACUAUACUAAUAAUGAAUAAACAUAUAAGAGUAUUUGUUAAAACGUAAA